AGAAAAAAAUAAAAGGUGGGGGGAGCAAGGGAUGGGGUUUGCUUUGGGAAGGAAAAAUAACCCAGCAAGAUUUGGGACUUCCUCUGCUACAAGCUUUAUCACAGCAGAUUGCUUUGAGCUGAUCUUUCCCAUCCCUUUGGACAAUCAUACAAGAACAACUUGGCAUAACCUUUGCUCAGUUGUCUUUUAAGAACAAGAAGUGGGAAUUCUGGUGGUCCAGAGCCGACAAGAUUCCCUCGAGGAAAGUGUGAUAGCUACAGAGGAAAGUGCAAGACAAGCAUAGUAACGAAGAUGGUAGGCAGCAAAAAACACAGUACAGAAGAAGAACCCCAGGAAACUCCAAGAUUUCAACAAAAGACUCUGACGGCACCUGCUCCAUUCGCUGAUGAAACCAGCUGUCAGUGCCAAGCACCCCAUGAGAAGCUGACCAUUGCACAAGCGCGCCGGGGAACACCAGUUGACAGACCCGUUAGAGUGUAUGCAGAUGGAAUAUUUGACCUCUUCCACGCUGGCCAUGCUAGAGCUCUUAUGCAAGCCAAAACUCUAUUCCCAAAUAGCUACUUAUUAGUAGGAGUUUGCAGUGAUGAUUUAACUCAUAAAUUCAAAGGCUUCACUGUGAUGAAUGAAACGGAGCGAUACGAAGCCCUCAGACACUGUCGUUACGUGGAUGAGGUCAUCAGAGAUGCACCCUGGACACUGACACCUGAGUUCCUUGAAAAACAUAAGAUUGACUUUGUAGCACACGAUGACAUCCCCUACUCUUCCGCUGGAUCGGAUGACGUAUACAAACACAUCAAGGAGGCAGGAAUGUUUGUACCUACGCAGAGAACCGAAGGCAUCUCCACGUCGGACAUCAUCACGCGCAUCGUGCGCGACUACGACGUGUACGCGCGGCGCAACCUGCAGCGAGGCUACACCGCCAAGGAGCUCAACGUCAGCUUCAUCAACGAGAAGAAAUAUCGCUUUCAAAACCAAGUGGACAAAAUGAAAGAAAAAGUCAAGAAUGUGGAGGAAAAGUCAAAAGAAUUCGUUUACAAGGUGGAAGAGAAGAGCCAUGACCUCAUUCAGAAAUGGGAAGAAAAGUCCAGGGAAUUUAUUGGCAACUUUUUAGAGCUGUUUGGACCUGAUGGAGCUUGGCCGAGCAUCGCCUGUGACUCAACUGCCAGUCCUGCAGCCAAGCUUGAGGCCUCUUACCCCCCAUGCCCAGGAGGAGCAGCAGGGCACUCGGAUUUGGCACUUCCCAUGUGAAGCCUGCAGCAGCUGCACAGCACACACCACGUCUUCCAUAACCCAGCGUGACGCAAGGCCACAUUGCUGCUAAAGAGUAGAGGCACUUGCCUUAGUGUAGCAGAUUGCUUGACUGCAGAGGUGGCUCUUCCACCCCACUAACUCUGGCAGGCCUCCACUCAGCUUUCCAAAGCAAAAGUGACAAUAAAGCUCUAAGCAAAACACAGAG